AUGGAUGGAUGGAUAUACUGUAGCCCGUUCCCUCCAUUCUGCACCAGGUAGAAGCCGAAGAGGAAACAAGGGGGACAGGCCUGUCUCUUCCAUCUCCACCAGAUGUUCUUAGCUCCUCCCAUUUAGCUCAGCUGGACAUUCCAGCCCACCUCUAGGGAUCUGCCGGCUCCUCCGCACACUCGGCCAGUCUACGCGAGCAGGAGGAAACAUAAUGAGAGGACUCGUUGUCUUCGUCAGUGCCGUGUGUUUGGCCAGCGCACAGCACCAGGCCCUCAUUGACUACUUGGAACGUCGGCUGCUUGCGAUAGAGGACCGCAUCUCCCUGUGGCACGAACAGGCCACCCGCUACGCCUCAGAGCUGCGCGAACUCAAACAACACAUGGUUUCUCAGCUUGAGAACCUGGACAAAGAGAAGGAGACACUCCGCGUGAGUCUGGACAGCAUGGGGAUGCGAGUGGACCGGGUGGAGCGUGAGCUGGACUACUUGGAGACCCAGAACGGUGCUCAGCCGUGCGUGGAUGUGGACGACAAGCUGAUCGAGCAGCAAGUCACUCAGGUGCAGGAGAAGCAGAAGACCAAAUACUUCAAACUCACUGACUGCAACGACAUGCUCUCCACCAUAAAGGCUAUGAAGAUCUUGAAGCGAUUGGGAGGUUCCAAGGGAAUGUGGACCAGAGACACCGGCGGGGGGUCCGGGAAGGUCUUUAUCUUUAAUGGAACCGACGAAGACACCAUCUUCGAAUUUGCCACCGUGCAAGAUUUUACUCGUUCGCAUGGCCUGUCUGAGUCCAGGCAGCUGAAGCUUCCCUCCGCUUGGCAAGGGACGGGACACAUCGUCUACAACAAUCACGCCUAUCUUGUGAUUCAGGAGGAUGAAUUGACGCUGGUCAAAUAUGACUUGAGGAACAAGUCUGUGGUAGAUAGCGCGGUGUUCCCAGACCAGGACUACAUCCCAGUGUACAGCCUGAGCCCUGAAACCGUGAUGGACCUGGCUGUGGAUGAAGAAGGCCUGUGGGUCAUUUACUCAACACUUCAGAAUGAGCAACACAUCACCCUGGCUAAAAUAGACACUCGCUCGCUGAGCAUCGAGCAAACGUGGGACACGAGCUGCCCGAGACAGAACGCAGAAGCGGCCUUUGUCAUCUGUGGCACGCUGUACGUGGUCUACAACUCGGAGCAGCCCGGGCGAUCCCACGUCCAGUGUUUGUUUGACGUCAAUGACAUGGUGAGCAAUGACGACGCGCCGCUGAUUUACUUCCCCAAACGUUACGGGGCUCACGCCAGUCUCAAGUACAACCCGCUGGAGCAGCUGCUCUAUGCCUGGGAUGAUGGCUUCCAGAUUCUCUACAAACUUGUCAUGAAGAAGAAACUUGAGGUUUAGGACUAAACAACAAAAUCCCCAACCCACAUUGUGGUAUAGCUCAGAAGUAGUUUUGGCCACAUUGCAUCGUGUGAGCCUACUGGCCAGUGGAGUUUAUAUAACUUUUGUACUGUUGUAUGUUUCGCGUCUCUUCAUUUUGUCACAAUGUGUUUACUGUGCAGUACAUGAAGGAAAGUGUCAAUUUCUUGUCUUUUAGCUGCUGACAACGUUCUGCCUGGAAGCAUCUUGUACUUAACUCUGCUUUUAUCAUUCUUUGACAUUUCUAUCAAGAUUUUGAUUGCCUUUUAAAAAGAAAAUCUGCAUUCCAUUUUCACACACUAUAUGGAAAAGAGUCGCCACGAAAGUCAAACUUUUGCUUUUCCUAAAGCAGAGGGACAGUCUAAAUAUCUGCAGGCAUAACCAAAUUUCCGUCUGGUUUCCACUGGGCUCUUAUGUGAGCAGUGCUUUGUCCUGUUAAGUUUUUGCCUGGUUGUGAUUAUAGCUCAUAAAGGCAAAGCCAACUGAUUGAGAUACCGUUUACUUAAUCCUGUUAUGAUGAAAUACAAACAUGUGUGAUCCCCCCCGAUUUCGUCUGUAUGUUCCACGUAAUCAUAUGUGACAGCAAUGGUUCAAACCAGUGGACAAGUGAUUCCGUUCAAGCUCAUAGCAACAUUCGAUAAUGAUUUGCUAUUUAGUGGUAUUUGCUAGCUGGCUAGCACCGUUAUGUUUCCCUCUUUACACUGUGGAGCUCUGUAAACCAAGACUGAUCAGAUUGAGCUGUUUUUCACAAAAUAAAUUUAUGAAAAG